AUGUUAAAUUAUAAUGAAAAUUAUUCUGAUAAGGCCUAUAGAGGAAUGUUGUUGGAAUAUUUUUAUAAACCUCUUCAUACAUAUGCGAAGGGAGAAGGUUGGAUAGAUGAGAGUGCAACACUUUCAAUCAAAGAGGAAACGAAUAAGAAUACUAAAGAAGGAAAUGUCUUGAGUGAUGAUGAUAGUGUAGAUUUGGGAGCUAAUUUACAAGAUGAACAACAUCUUCCCUCAUCUAUUCAACUAAAUUAUGGGAAUACAUCCUGCCUAUUUAAACCUAAAAAGAUUACAAAAAAGUCAAAACGCAAGCAAAAAGCUCCAUCAACAACAAAUAUUCCACCAAUUAAGAGAACUGCCAUAAUUAGUAAUAGAGCAAAUAAUGAAUCUAGAAUGAUGUAUUUAGAAGAGAAGGAUCUCAAUAGCACAGAAACAUUAUUAACUGCUAUAAGAAAUAAUUUAGAAAUCACUCGUUUAAAUAAUUUACAAUUUAAACAUAAGAAUAUUUAUGUUACUGUUAAGGAGAAUGAAGUUUCAAUAAUUAAAGAUCUAAUGAAGGAGAAUGAUGAUACUUUGAAAUUUUGUUAUGGAACUAAAGCUCAAUAA